CCUCCGACUUGACACCGGUGCCGUGUGGACCCAUUGAGCGCAGUCUCUGAACAGGAGUACCUCCCUCGGCGGACGGUUGCGGCAGCCUCCUGGCUCAGCUAUAUCUCAUUUCUCUGGAUUUAAACGUCGCAGAAUAAAUUCCGGGAUGCCUUCCAAUAAAAAUCUCCAAGGUGGGAAGGCAUUUGGGCUGUUGAAGGAGCAGCAGAGGCAAAAAUUGGAAGAGAUAAACAAGGAGUAUCUGGAGGACCAGAAAUACAGGGAUGAAGACGACCUUGCCGAGAAACUGGAAGGUUUCAAAAAUAAAUACGCUGAGUUUGACCUGAAUGACCAAGGAGAGAUUGAUAUGAUGGGCCUGAAGCGGAUGAUGGAGAAGCUGGGCGUGCCCAAGACCCACCUGGAGCUGAAAAAGAUGAUCCUGGAGGUCACGGGCGGCAGCAGCAGCAACACAAUCGACUACAGGGACUUUGUCAAGAUGAUGCUUGGCAAGCGCUCGGCCGUGCUCAAAUUAGUCUUGAUUUUUGAAGACAAAGCCAACGGCUCCCCCUGCAAGCCGGAAGGACCCCCUCCGAAGCGGGACAUAGCGAGCCUGCCUUAAGCGUGUCCUCCAGACAGCUGGGGUGGGGGGGGGGGCUGAGGGACCCUCGUGUGGAAUAACAUGUGGAGUGUCGUAUUAAUGUGGGACCAGUGAUUGAGGAUGUUAUUUUUGUGAAUAUACAAUGUGUGCAAGGUUUCUGUUAUUUGGAAGACUGAGCCCAAAACUCACUAAAUGAUGUUUGACUGUGAAUAUGAUCAUCCAUCUAUAUAUAUUUUUAUUUUUUUCCCUAAUUAAAAUGUAGCAGUGGUAGUUGUACUGGGCUUGAUGAAAUCAGUUUUGUAGUAAGUGUUUCAUAGUUAUGUUUUUAAGGGAACAUUCUUCACAGAUUUCUUUUUCUUGUUUUUUUUUUUUUUUUUUUUAAAUAUUAUUUUUAUGACGCUUAUCGGGAAGCACAAGGAAAAGGAGCAGUUUUCUUAUCUUUUUUUUUUUCUCCGACACAUUUUUGCACUGUCCUCAGUGGUCUUGCAUGGAUUCUUGCCAGGCCAAUCUUAGUCAACGCUUUUAGAUCAGGUGCCAGAGAUUACAAGCACAGCAGCCCCUCUUCCUGUGGGUCAUCGGCUCUUAGAGGCGAACUACUGAUCUGGAAUCAGUAACUUAAGUUAGCGCGAUAAACGUUUCAGCAGAUCAGAGCACUGCUUGGUGUCUUUUCAUUUUUACUCGCACAUAACUGAGAGGAAAAAAAAAGAAAGAGCAUUUCAGUUUCAGUGUGCGGCUUGAAGCAACGCUGACACCCACCUUUAGAUCUGUGAGGUUUGUUCAUUUUGGAAGGAGUGUGAUUUACGAGCACACGAACCGACAAUAAGAAGAAAAAAAAAAUGUACAUAGCAUUCUCCACACAGUACAAUCAUAUUCUUUCCAAGUGCCUCGACAUGCAGAUAACCGUAGAGCUUACAGUUUAGGAGAUGGAGGGAGUGCACGCAGGUGUUAAGUUCAGGCAGUCCGCUUACUCAUUCCACAUAAAACCAUAAAACAACUUCGGCAUUUGAUCGGUUUAAGGGCGUUCGUCAGAUUCCGUCUACGUGGUUUUUAUUAUCAUUUUUUUUGAGUGAAAUUCACUCAAGUGGUGGAUUUAAAAUUCUGUUUUUUUUUUUUUUUUAACGUUUUCCUUUUCUAACCAUUAUUUUAUAUGUCGCUGCAAACAUUUAAUCUGUUCAUGGCGUGGUUUUAUCCUGGAUUCAUCCGUAUCGUUUCGUCAGCCGGCCGUUUAUCACCGUUUUAACAGGGUUUGAGUUCUGUAAUUUGUGCCUCUGUGUUUGUCUCUCCGCUGUAAAUCUCCCUGUAAGUCAAUCACACUAUUUACUGUGAAAUUGGAACUUGUUUUACACAAUUAACGCUAUUUUUUUCGUUUGUUUGUUUUAAGUCUUGUAGGUAUAUUACACAUUUUAGAGUUUGUUAGAGAUUGUUCGCAGACACCAAAGGAAUUAAAAUUCUUCUUACACUGA